UCUGUGCUUCUCUUUCUCUUGCUCUGCUUAUUGCUUCCCCUCACAAUCCGUCUGCGUAGCAGAAAUCCAUAUCAGAAAAAGGACAAGAAGAAAGAAGACCACCAAGAAAAAAACCUCAUUCUUCCUUACUUCUUUCGUCUCUCUCUCUUCCUCCGCCUGGUGUGUACGGGGGCUACUGUAUUUCGUCAAUGGCGGUUCCUUCGACCGUCCCUGCUCCUGCUUCGCUUUACGUCGGGGAUCUUCACCCUGACCUCACCGAUGGGCAACUCUUCGAUGCUUUCUCCGUCAUCGAGAACCUUGCAUCUGUCCGGGUUUGUAGAGAUUCCAUGUCUGGGAGAUCUCUUGGUUACGGUUACGCCAACUUUAUCACUACCCAAGACGCAACUCGUGCCGUUGAGAAACUGAACCACACUCUGUUGAACGGGAAACCUAUUAGAAUUAUGUGGUCACAUCGUGAUCCAGAUGCAAGAAAGAGUGGGGUUGGGAAUUUGUUUAUCAAGAAUCUGAAUGAUUCUAUCAAUAAUGUGAAACUUCAUGAGAUGUUCUCAAAGUUUGGGAACAUAUCAUCCUGCAAACUUGAGAUAUCCCUGGAUGGAAAAAGCAAAGGAUAUGGGUUUGUACAGUUUGAGUCUGAAGCAGCUGCCAAUGCUGCCAUUGAGAAGCUUAAUGGCUCCAUUAUUGAUGGCAAACAAAUAUAUGUUGGUAAUUUUGUUAAAAAGAGUGAACGGGUUUUACCCAGCCCUGAUGCAAAAUACACCAAUCUGUACAUGAAGAAUCUGGAUCCAGAUAUCACAGAAGAAUUUCUGCUGGAAAAGUUCUCUGAUUUUGGCAAAAUUACUAAUCUGGUCAUAUUGAAGGACAAUAAUGGGAACUCAAGGGGUUUUGGUUUUGUGAACUUUGAUAACCCUGAUGAUGCCAAACAGGCAAUGGAGUCAAUGAAUGGAACCCAACUUGGGUCAAAGGCUCUAUAUGUAGCACGGGCACAAAAGAAAGCGGAGCGGGAGCAAAUAUUGCAUCAUCAAUUUGAUGAAAGACGCAAGGAGAAAAUUCAGAAAUAUAAGGGGUCAAAUGUAUAUGUAAAGAACAUUGCUGAUGAUGUUGAUGAUGAUGACCUUCGAGAACACUUUAGUCAGUGUGGAACUAUCACUUCUACUAAGCUAAUGCGUGAUGACAAAGGAAUUAGUAAGGGAUUUGGGUUUGUAUGCUUCUCAACUCCAGAAGAAGCGAACAUGGCUGUGAAUUCUCUUCAUGGAUGCAUGUUUCAUCGAAAGCCGUUAUAUGUGGCUAUAGCCCAAAGGAAAGAGGACAGGCAAGCACAAUUGGAAUUUCAAUAUGCCCAGCGUAUUACGGGAUUAGCGGGUCCCUCAACUGCAGUUAUUCCUGCUGGUUAUCCUCAUCUUUACUAUACAGCUCCUCCUGGUGUUGCUUCACAAAUUCCUCCAAGGCAGGGCCUUAUGUAUCAACCUUUGAGUUUGAGACAAGGGUGGAUGGCCAAUGGAUAUGCAUCUCCAACCGGACCAGCUUUUCAACCCAUGCCACCUCCUGUGGUUCCUAAUACUCCAAGACAGCAUAGACAAAAUAGGAGCAGGAUGAAUGGCCAUAUGCUUCCUCAGGGUGGUAGACAACAUUUGCAAUUUACUCAAUCUGUGAACUCGUUGAAAGAUUCAAGCAAUCAGCUGCGAGCUGGACAAGCCAAGUAUGUGCCAAAUGGGCAUCCUUAUGAGAUGAAUAAUGGAUCUGCUGUCUCUUCAGCUGCUUCCAUCUCUGUUGGAGUAGCAUCCCAAGGAUCAGCGAUGUUGAGUAGCAUGCUUGCUGCUGCUACUCCACAGCACCAGAAACAGAUACUUGGCGAACGCCUUUACCCCAUUAUCAAGAAACACAAGUAUGAUCUUGCAGCAAAAAUAACCGGGAUGCUUUUGGAGAUGGACAACUCCGAACUGCUACUGUUAUUGGAAUCACCUGAGUCCUUGGCUGCUAAAGUUGAAGAAGCAGUGCAGGUGCUCAAGCUAUCCAAGACCAAAGUAGCAGAACAAGGUGCCCUUCAUCCCAAUUACUUGUCGGCUGAGGUUGCCGUUAACUAAGAGAAUCCCCCUUCUUCUGGAAUUGGGAUUAUCGGAUGG